UCAAAUUUGCCAGUACAAUUAGUUGUCUUUUGGAAACCAAUCUGUAGGGCAGAGACAAUGGCGUUCACUUUUUUGCUUGUCAUAACUUCCUUUAUUAUACACGUUCGGGGUUCGAUUAUUUUGGCUCCAUACGACUUUUCAUACCAAGAGUCAAGAAUAGUAGGCGGCCAAGAUGCCCCUGAAGGUGGUAUCCCUUACCAAGCGUCACUGCGAUCCAAACUAAACUCUCAUUUUUGUGGGGGCUCUAUUCUGAACGACAGAUGGAUUUUGACAGCUGCUCAUUGUACUGUUGGUCAAUCGAGCAGAUCGAUGCAAGUUGUCGUCGGCACAAACAGCCUCAAAACUGGGGGAGAUAGAUACUCGGUCGACUCCAUCAUUAUUCACCAGGAUUACGACAGUUAUCUCAUCACCAAUGACGUCAGUCUCAUUAAAGUCACUGAAAGUAUUGAAUUCACUGAUAAAAUCAAGCCUAUAGCGCUGCCCGAUCAUGAUACUGAUGCUGGCGCCAGUCUACUGUUGAGUGGCUGGGGAAGACUAUCGUAUCCAGGAUUCCUCCCCAACCAACUGCAGAUGAUUAACCUAACAGCGUUGAGCACAGAGCGCUGCCAGAGUCUAAUGAAUAAAAUCAACCCAGUGUACGAAACGCAAAUAUGUUCGCUCACGAAAUCCGGGGAAGGUGCCUGUCAUGGUGAUUCAGGCGGUCCUCUCGUUGAAGAUGGUAGAAUUGUAGGCAUCGUAUCGUGGGGCAUGCCGUGUGCCCGGGGCUACCCUGACGUGUAUACCAGAGUAUUCGCUUUCAAAGAUUGGAUUUUGGAUAACAUCUCCAGCCAGGACGGAAACGUCGUCCAAAAUCUGGAGUAACAGAGAUUUUUCAUUUACUACACACGAGUGAAGUUUAUGUUACCGUAAAUAUGUAUGCAAAUUAUUUACUCGUAUGACCAUUUCUAUUUAUGUAACAAUAAA